AUGGCAAACAUUCACUUGAUUUUACUAGUUCACGGUCUUUGGGGAAAGGCCGAUCAUUUGUCUUAUAUCCAAUCAGAAAUCGAGUCUGAUCCAACUGUCUCCCUCCAUUCCAAAGAGAAAAUCGUCGUAUACAGAACUGGAUCCAAUGAGGGUUACAAGACCUACGACGGAAUUGACCUUUGUGGCAAAAGAGUGGGUGAAGAGGUGGAAAAGGAAAUCGCACGGCUGAACAAUGGUGAAGACACAGUCACACAUCUGUCUGUCAUGGGGUACUCCUUAGGAGGGCUCAUUGCCCGCUAUGCAAUCGGUGUUCUGUACAUCAAAGGGUACUUUAAAUCGAUUGAACCAGUCAACUUCACCACCUUUUGCUCCCCUCAUGUGGGGGUCUUGGCUCCUGGAGAUGGUAUGUCCGUUAAGAUCUUUAAUUGCUUGGUUCCUUAUCUUCUGGCAAACAGUGGUAAACAGAUGUUUUUGAUGGAUAAAGUCAGGGUGAUUGAUUAUGUAAAUCUUGGCGAAGAGGAAACACCUGCGUCGCCUCUGUUGAAAACAAACUAUAACUAUCAACCUCUUCUGCUCUUAAUGGCCAAUCCUGCUUCGGUUUUCCACAAGGCAUUGAACGGCUUCAAGUACAAGUCAUUGUAUGCCAACGUGACAAAUGACAAAAGGACAUCGUGGUGGACUGCAGGAAUCUCCACUAUGAAUCCCUUUGAAAUAUUGGACAAGAAUCCCAACGUUCAGAUCGAUAAGAAUGGUGCCAUCAAGAUGGAGAACGGGUCGAAAAUGAGUUUCCACUUUAUCAAGGACUUUGAACCUAACAUUCUAGAUGUCAAGAAAACAAUCACGGUAUCCAAGACUACCCCCAAGGAUACUAUUUUAGAAGAGCAAGAUGUGUUCGAGUCCACCGAACAGAUUGCUGAAAAUUUUUUCAAGAGAAAGGCCAAAUGGUUUUUUGUCUUUUUCAACAUAGUCAUUUACGUUCCUUGCUGGGUUAUAGCUUUUAUUUUCACUAACUUAAUUCAAAGAUUUCAAUCCACUGUCAGAGUUAUCAAAGCCUCAGCGGCAGAGACUGACUUUUGGAAGGAUCUGUAUCAACUUACAAACGAAGACGAGCAGAAGCCUGUUAUUCGGAGAAGACCAUCUCUUUCAAGGCGCUUAAGCGAGUCUUAUGAUGAGUUUGAAAAAUCGGUGCAGGAUAAUAUCCAGAACCAAACAGAAGACCUGAUCGAAAGUGUGUGGGAUGCCAUGACUUCUAAGAGAUGGGAUGAGCCCGUUCUGUUCGAAGAUGGACAGCCUGAGGAAAGUCAGGAUUCUUUAUCCGUCACUUUGGAAGAACUAUCCACUCUUGAGUUCAAGGAUUUCUCGUCCUCCAAAGACAUGAACCAGGACUUAGAAUUUUUCAGACCAUUUCAACUGAAACUCUCUCCACCUCAAAAGGAAAUCGUUCACAAUCUCAACAAGCUAAAUUGGAACAAAUUUCCCGUUUACAUUACCAAAACCACUUCAUCUCACGCCGCGGUGAUUGUCAGGCAGGAAGACCCGGAUUUUAUAGAGGGCAAGGCAAUUGUCCAACACUGGAUAAGGAACGUACUCAAGUUUCCCAAUUGA